CCCUCCCACCACCUUUCCCCCAUAGCCCCUAAAUCCCUCCUCUCCUCCCAACUUCUCUCUCAACUUCUCUCAUGUCCCCAUAAAUCUUAAAGUUUAUUUUUUUUCAUUUCUCUCAACCAAUAGCUUCCUUCUUUGUUUAGUUGAUAGCUAUGGGCACUUUGGUAGGCCAUGUAGCCCCUGGGUUUGGGUUCCUGGUAAUUGGGCUGUGGCAGCUUUUCAACCAUAUCAAACUCCACUGCCUCCACCCCAAAUCCUACGUAGCCCCGCCAUGGUUCCCCACCCCAUUCUUCCGAUACCUCGAGCCCGUCUUGAUAAUAUUGGGCAGCCUGGCCUCCAUUGCCAUGGAGCUCGUGAUCGGCCCGGAGGCCCAUCAGCCGUUCGACGCCGAUGGAACCAUCCCUUCCAACCAUCUCCACAACUUCGAGCACGCCUCCAUCUCCCUCACCUUCCUGAUCUACGCCGCCUUCGCCAUCGCCUUGGACCGCGCGAAGCUGAAGCAACGCGACGGCAUGACGCUGUUGCUCGGCGCCGUCGCGUUCGGCCAGCAGCUGCUCAUGUUCCACCUCCACUCCGCCGACCACAUGGGCGUCGAGGGCCAGUACCAUUGGCUCCUUCAGACGGUGAUUGUGGUAUCCUUGGCCACCGCUCUGAUCGGGAUCGGGCUGCCGAGGAGCUUCAUGGUGAGCUUCGUGAGGUCGAUCAGCAUCGCGUUCCAAGGUGUUUGGUUUGUCGUCAUGGGAUUCAUGCUGUGGACUCCAAGCUUAAUUCCGAAGGGUUGCUUCAUGAAUACGGAGGAGGGGCACCAGGUGGUGAGGUGCCAUAGCGAUGAGGCACUCCAUCGGGCCAAGUCGCUGGUUAACAUCGAAUUCAGCUGGUACAUGGCGGCCAUGGCGGUGUUCUCUAUGUUGCUGUACUUGUUCUUGUGCAGGAGAUACCCGGAGGCGCCGGAGUACCUCCCGUUGGUGAAGGAGGAGGGUGUUCAAGACGAUGAUGAGGACCUGGAGUCGCAGAAGAGGCUCGGGGAGUCUGAUAGCUUCGUUGAAAUGGGGAAGGGGAUGAGGGGCAUGGAGCUCGAGAGAUAAGCGCAAGGAAGAGGGCCCGUUGGAUUAGGUUUCGUUUUCUUAACCAUCCGGUCUUCUUCUUUUAUAUAUAUUUUUUUUCUUUUUUAUAAGGGUUAAAUGAGGUGGAAAGAUGUAGCUAGUGGAAGUUUAGGGGAUUCUUUUGGAUUGGAGCCUUUUGUGGUUGGAUCGAUAGAAGUGGCGUUUGGGUUUGGUUCUUCUCUUUUUCAAAGAGAAAUGGGAAGGUGGGCCCUUUUUUUUUUCUUUUUUUUUUUCCGUUGUAUGUGUGUGUUGCUAGUUGUGAGAUUGAAACAAUGGUCUCAACUUUGUAGUAUAUUUAGCAGUUGCAAUCAUGUAAAUCCGGUCUAAUCAGAGUUCGAGUUGUAUCUUCCGUGCAAAAGAAUGAUCUUUUUUCACAACAUCAACCA